AUGAAUGUGGGAGAAAAUGGAGACCAAGACGAUCGUGUACGACUUGGACACGUCGGGGGGGCUGAUGGAGGUAAGAGUGGCCCUCCUCAUCCCCUUUCCUCCCCCACCCGGGCGCCGGGAGGGAACCUCCGCCCUCCACCCCACAAAGCCGGCCCUAAGCUCGAAGCGCCAGAGGGCCAGGAGAGGGGGGUGCCCUCCUCACCCAGCCUCUCCCUCCCAUCUUUGCGAUUUGGGGGGCAGAGGGGGAGGUUGAACUCAGCCUUGGAGGACGUUUGCAGCAGUUUUCACCGACCCGCCGCCCUCGAUUCGCUUUCCGGAGGCGCCAGCCCACUCCAUCUCCUUGCACCGGCGGGUCUCCCCACCCCCUUCUCGUCGGCCCCUUUGUGCUUCCCCCUGCACGUCCGGGCACCGGGCUUCGGGCCUCUCCCGAGCCAGGCUUUGGAGUCCCCCACUGUCCAUACAAGGAAGUGGCGAGAAGGGAACCGCGCACCCUCCUCCCCAUCCCCCGGUCCUGAGCCUCCCCAUUUGGAAGAAGCUGCUGUGUUGCGCUGCAGGGACGCGGCUAGGGUGGGCGUCCCCUGGUUCCGGGGGUGCUGAGAGGUUCUGGGAGCAGCCGGGAUGGGAGGCAGAAGGACAAAAGGGGGGAGAGGGCUGGGUGACGGCGAAGGCGUGCCGGGGGGGCCGAGGAGCGCCCGGGAGCUCCGCGUGUGCACACACGCCGUUUGUAUGUGUGUGCAGCAAAUCCAAGCUCUGCUGGCUCCCCCCAAGACGGAUGAGGCGGAAAAGCGGAGUCGCAAGCCCGAGAAGGAGCCGCGGAGAAGCGGCAGGGCCACCAACCACGACAGCUGCGAUAGCUGCAAGGAAGGGGGAGACCUCCUGUGUUGUGACCACUGCCCGGCCGCCUUCCAUCUCCAGUGCUGUAACCCUCCACUGAGUGAAGAGAUGUUGCCGCCUGGAGAGUGGAUGUGUCACCGGUGUACUGUUCGCCGAAAGAAACGAGAGCAGAAAAAGGAGCUAGGCCAUGUCAAUGGACUGGUAGACAAAUCUGGCAAACGGACUACAUCCCCUAGCAGUGAUACUGACCUGUUGGACAGAUCAGCUAGCAAAACUGAACUCAAGGCCAUUGCACAUGCCCGGAUCAUGGAAAGAAGAGCCAGCCGGCCUGGUACGCCUACAUCCAACGCCAGCACAGAGACCCCCACCUCCGAGCAGAAUGACGUUGAUGAGGACAUCAUUGAUGUGGACGAGGAGCCAGUUGCAGCAGAACCAGACUAUGUGCAGCCACAGCUGAGGCGGCCUUUUGAGCUGCUGAUUGCUGCCGCCAUGGAGCGGAAUCCCACCCAGUUUCAGUUACCCAAUGAACUGACUUGUACCACUGCGCUACCAGGUUCUAGCAAGAGGAGAAGAAAAGAGGAAACCACAGGGAAAAAUGUUAAGAAGACCCAGCAUGAGUUAGAUCACAAUGGUCUUGUUCCUUUACCGGUCAAAGUCUGUUUCACGUGUAACAGGAGUUGCCGUGUGGCCCCUCUUAUCCAGUGUGAUUAUUGCCCCCUCCUGUUUCACAUGGACUGCCUCGAGCCACCGCUCACUGCCAUGCCCCUGGGCAGAUGGAUGUGUCCAAAUCACAUCGAACAUGUGGUGCUGAACCAGAAGAAUAUGACACUGAGUAAUCGGUGUCAGGUAUUUGAUCGUUUCCAGGACACCAUUUCACAGCACGUUGUCAAAGUGGACUUCCUGAACCGAAUCCAUAAGAAACACCCUCCUAAUCGCCGUGUGCUCCAGUCUGUCAAAAGAAGAAGUUUGAAGGUUCCUGAUGCUAUAAAAUCUCAGUACCAGUUUCCACCCCCUCUCAUUGCACCCGCGGCCAUUCGGGAUGGGGAGCUGAUCUGCAAUGGGAUCCCUGAGGAAUCACAGACGCACCUUUUGAACUCUGAGCACUUAGCUACCCAGGCAGAGCAACAAGAGUGGCUCUGUAGUGUUGUUGCGCUCCAGUGCAGCAUAUUGAAACAUUUAUCUGCUAAGCAGAUGCCUUCGCAGUGGGACUCUGAACAGACAGAGAAGGCUGAUAUUAAGCCUGUUAUUGUGACUGACAGCUCAAUCACCACUUCCCUGCAAACAGCUGACAAGGCACCUACAGCUGCCCACUACCCUUUGUCCUGCCCCUCAGGGUUUAGCACCCAAAACUCCAUGAGCUGCUCUCCACCCCACCAGCCCUCAGCCCUAGAGGACAUCAGCUGCAGUUCUUGUGCGGAAAAAUCCAAGAAAGCCCCUUGUGGGACUGCCAAUGGGCCAGUGAACACAGAGGUGAAAGCCAAUGGUCCUCACCUCUACAACAGCCCCACUGAUUCCACGGACCCCCGGCGACUUCCAGGCGCCAGCACCCCCCUACCAAGCUUCUCACACCGGCAAGGCUGGCCCCGGCCCCUCACGCCACCAGCGGCUGGGGGGCUUCCGAACCACACCGUCGGCAUCAUUGUGAAGACAGAGAAUGCCACUGGCCCUAGCUCUUGCCCCCAGAGGAGUUUGGUUCCUGUCCCAAGCCUGCCCCCUUCCAUUCCUAGCUCUUGUGCCAGCAUUGAGAACACCAGCACUUUGCAAAGAAAGACUGUCCAACCACAGAUAGGACCUCCGUUGACAGAUUCAAGGCCACUGGGAUCACCCCAAAAUGCCACCCGGGUGCUUACUCCCCCUCAAGCAGCAGGAGAUGGGAUCUUGGCCACAGGAGCCAACCAGCGAUUCUGCUCACCAGCGCCAUCAUCAGAUGGCAAGGUCAGCCCCGGCACGUUAUCCAUAGGAAGCGCUUUAACCGUACCCUCUUUCCCAGCCAACUCUACUGCCAUGGUGGACCUCACCAACUCACUUCGAGCAUUUAUGGAUGUCAACGGAGAAAUCGAGAUAAAUAUGCUGGACGAGAAGCUGAUCAAGUUUCUGGCCUUGCAGAGAAUACAUCAGCUUUUCCCUUCCCGGGUCCAAACUUCACCAGGCAGUGUCGGAACACAUCCACUGGCUUCCGGAGGGCACCACACAGAAGUACAAAGAAAGGAGGUACAGGCCCGAGCUGUGUUCUACCCCCUCUUGGGGCUGGGAGGAGCUGUGAACAUGUGCUAUCGAACCCUCUACAUCGGGACAGGAGCUGACAUGGAUGUGUGCCUUACAAACUAUGGUCACUGUAACUACGUGUCCGGGAAACACGCCUGCAUAUUUUACGAUGAGAAUACCAAACAUUAUGAGCUGUUAAACUACAGUGAGCACGGGACAACGGUGGACAAUGUGCUGUAUUCCUGUGACUUCUCUGAGAAGACCCCGCCAACCCCCCCAAGCAGUAUUGUUGCCAAAGUGCAGAGUGUCAUCAGGCGCCGCCGGCACCAGAAACAGGAUGAAGAGCCAAGUGAGGAGGCAGCCAUGAUGAGUUCCCAGGCACAGGGGCCGCAGCGGAGGCCCUGCAAUUGCAAAGCCAGCAGCUCAAGCUUGAUUGGGGGCAGUGGGGCCGGCUGGGAGGGCACGGCCUUGCUGCACCAUGGCAGCUACAUCAAGCUGGGCUGCCUGCAGUUCGUCUUCAGCAUCACUGAAUUUGCGACCAAACAGCCCAAAGGCGAUGCCAGCCUCCUGCAGGAUGGGGUCUUAGCAGAGAAACUCUCUCUCAAGCCUCACCAGGGCCCUGUGCUGCGCUCCAACUCUGUUCCCUAGGGCAGUGGCCACCCCGCCACUGGCCUAUCCACCCAAGACUCCUGCAAUGCAAAAAUGUACACAAACCAAGCCCGGUGUUUUUUAGACUCUACCAGAAACCCUUCAACUACAAUCUUUGCAUGAAAUGAAGAAAACCUUUUGACUGUUUUUUAAGGGGAAAAAAAAAACUUUCUCUUUUCUCAAGUUCUAGGGGGCAUUUGCACAUAUAUUUGUACUCAACAUUUCAUGGGAAAGCGGCAGACCCGAGCUGAGGAACAGUGUGGGCAGGGAGGGGAAGACCUGUGGCCUGGACACUUCCUCCGACACAAAGCCCUUCCCCACCCACCUUCUGCUCCCUCCCCCUCGCCCGCCGUUGUAAAAUAAUCAGAAACUUGUUCUAUUUUGUGGCAGUGACAAUAGUUUUAUAUUAAAAGAAAAAAAUACAGUUUUCAUACAGCAAAAUCUAUACAAUAUCAUUGUUUUAUUUAAUAUAAAGCGCUACCCACCCCUCUUCCACAGUUCCCACCCUCCGAGUUACUUCCCUUUCUGCAGCGGUUGCACUACAGGUAGCUACUGUGUAUUAUGGACAAAUGAGAAAUGGAUUCUUUUUCUGGCUGUCCAUCUAUUUUAUUUCAAAUAAGGAAAAGUAUUUGGAUUUUGUGUAAAUACAUCUAGUGAUGACAUUUUUCAAUGUUUUUAAAAACUGUGUACAGUACUACAUGUGGUAGAGCGUUUUCAAAUUGUCUAUUGUAGCAAAAAUGUUUUGUCGUAAAUCUGUUUUGUCUCCUUUUUUUGUUCUCUCCUCUUCCUCCAACCCCUGGCUCCCUCUCUUCCCACCCCCACAACUAGUACCAAUGUACAUAGUAAUUGUAAUGUUUUAGACUUUACAGAAACUUUCCUGUAUUCUGUAUAUAAAAAAAAAACAAAAAGAUUUCAAA